AUGAAGUGCAACGCCUCCUUGCUAGUCCUACUUAGCGCACUACUCAGCGCUGCGAACGCUUUGAUACGGAAUGGAAACAACCCGCAGGCAUUAGUUCCUGAAAAGGGCGCUGACCCGAGUGGGGGCCAGAACAACCGCUCCGGAGAAAACCAAGACACGUGCGAAAUUCAAAAGAUGGCCGAAGAAAUGAUGGAAAAAAUGAUGAAGGAAAAAGACGUGUUUAGCUCCAUCAUGGAACCUCUCCAGAGCAAAUUAACUGACGAUCAUCUGUGUUCAAAAAUGAAAUAUACGAACAUUUGUCUUCACGAAAAGGACAAAACUCCCUUGACCUUCCCCUGCACAAGUCCGCAGUACGAACAGCUAAUUCAUCGCUUCACUUAUAAAAAGUUGUGCAACUCCAAGGUGGCCUUUAGCAACGUCUUGCUCAAAUCCUUCAUCGAUAAAAAAAAUGAAGAAAACACAUUUAACACGAUCAUACAGAAUUACAAAGUUCUGUCCACUUGCAUUGACGAUGAUUUGAAGGACAUUUAUAAUGCAUCCAUAGAGUUAUUCUCCGACAUAAGAACCUCCGUCACAGAAAUUACCGAAAAGUUGUGGUCCAAAAAUAUGAUCGAAGUUUUAAAGACAAGAGAGCAAACCAUUGCAGGCAUUUUAUGUGAGUUAAGAAAUGGAAAUAAUUCUCCCCUAGUAUCGAACAGUUUUUCCUAUGAAAAUUUUGGAAUUCUCAAGGUUAAUUAUGAGGGAUUACUAAACCAGGCGUAUGCGGCCUUUUCAGACUACUAUUCAUACUUUCCCGCUUUUGCCAUUAGCAUGUUAGAAAAGGGAGGGUUGGUCGACCGCUUGGUCGCCAUCCAUGAGAGCUUGACCAACUACAGGACGAGAAAUAUUCUCAAGAAGAUCAAUGAGAAGUCCAAAAAUGAGGUCCUCAAUAAUGAAGAAAUUAUGCACAGCUUGAGCAGUUACAAGCACCAUGCCGGGGGCACGCGUGGCGCCUUCCUGCAGUCCAGAGAUGUGCGCGAAGUUACGCAAGGAGAUGUGAGCGUUGAUGAGAAGGGCGACCGGGCCACCACCGCGGGGGGCAACCAAAGCGCAAGCGUGGCUGCGGCGGCCCCGAAGGAUGCGGGCCCAACCGUGGCUGCUCCUAACACUGCUGCUACGCUCAAAACGGCUGCUUCCCCCAACGCGGCUGCUACUAACACUGCUGCUCCCCCCAACAUGGGUGCCACCUCCCCGCUGAGCAACCCCCUGUACGGCACCAGCUCCCUGCAGCCAAAGGACGUCGCGGUGCUGGUCAGAGAUCUGCUCAAGAACACGAACAUCAUCAAGUUCGAGAAUAACGAACCGACUAGCCAAAUGGACGAUGAAGAAAUUAAGAAGCUCAUUGAGAGCUCCUUUUUCGACUUGAGCGACAACACCAUGUUAAUGCGGUUGCUCAUAAAGCCGCAGGCGGCCAUCUUACUAAUCAUUGAGUCCUUCAUUAUGAUGACGCCCUCCCCCACGAGGGACGCCAAGACCUAUUGCAAGAAAGCCCUAGUUAAUGGCCAGCUAAUCGAAACCUCAGAUUUAAACGCGGCGACGGAGGAAGACGACCUCAUAAACGAGUUUUCCAGCAGGUACAAUUUAUUCUACGAGAGGCUCAAGCUGGAGGAGUUGCGCGAAAUUGAACAGAACAGGAAAGCGCUCAAGAAUUCGAAGGGCACCCUGUCCGUGCUGGAGGUCGCCAACUCGCAGAACGCCCCCGACGGGAAGGGCGUCAACGGGAGCGGAAACGCAGCAAAUGCGAACGCCGCAAACGCAAACGCCGCAAACGCAAACGCCGCUAAUGCAAACGCCGCAAAUGGGAACCUCGCAAAUGCAAACCUCGCAAACGCAAACGCCGCAAACGCAGACGCCGCAAACGCAAACGCCGCAAACGCAAACGCCGCUAAUGCAAACGCCGCAAAUGCAAACCUCGCAAAUGCAAACCUCGCAAAUGCAAACCUCGCAAAUGCAAACCUCGCAAAUGCAAACCUCGCAAAUGCAAACCUCGCAAACGCAAACGCCGCAAACGCAAACGCCGCUAAUGCAAACGCCGCAAAUGGGAACGCCCCAAAUAGCAACAACGGAAGCGGAUCCCCCCUCAUCGUAGUGGUAGGGGCCGAUCUCGGCGAAAAAACCGAGGACAUCAUCAAGAACAACGUGGACGUGGCAGCCUUGACAGCCGACGUGGAACAAGCCUUUAAAAACCUCGAAUUGCAGAGUGGAAGCUUCUCGGCAAACUUAUCGCACGCGCUGGUUCUCCUCUCCUCCAUUGCGUUGCUCCUAUUCAUUUUUUAA